AUGGGAGGGAGGGAGGGAGGCCCUAGCGGCGGAGGGAGUGGUGAUAACAGCGACUCGGCCACAGCACAAGGAUGGCUAGCAUGCAGGGACGACAACCACAUGAGGGUGGAGGAGCCGAUCGGGGAUGCAGGCUUUGCCCUCUCAUUCUUGUUCAUCUUCUUCACCAAAGGGACUCCGAGGGCAAAGGGCGCAGCAAUGACGGAGGCCGCGAGUCGCCGAAGCCGGCGCCGGGGGCGCGAUCGCCCGGCGACGGCGCUAAGCGGCGGCCGCUGGGACUCGACGCUGCCGGCGAGCGUCGCCUGCUCCAGCCGCCGCGGGUCGCGCGGCGGCGCCGGCGGCGGGUGCGCGACGGCGCCGCCGCUGGGUCAGCAUGGGACCGGCGCCGUCGGCUGGGAGUCACCGGGGCGCCUGUUCCCUGGGUCCGUCAUUGGCCGUCGCCAGCCGGCUACCCCCUUGCCACUUGCUAUUGUCGCCGGCCGCCUCCCGCCAUUGCCGGCUGCCUCUUGCUGUGGACUGCCUCCCGCAGUCAACCGCCUCCCGCCGUUGGCCGCUUACCGCCGGCGUCCUUCGCCGAUCGCCUCCUCCCACCGUCAUCCUCCUUCGUUCGCCACCGCCCAACUUUGGUCGCAACCCGCCCACCGCCGCCUCCUGCCGUCCUUCGCUGCCACUUGCCGGCCGCCUCUGGCCCACCAGCCGCCUCUUGCCUCCGACCACUGUCCUCUGUCGCCCGAUGCCUGCCGCCUCUUGUCGCCGACCAUCGUCGUCCGCCGCACGACGCCGGCCACCACCCGCCAUCGGCUGCCGUCCUCCGCCACCGGCUGUCAUGCUCCACCGCCCAACGCCGGCCGCCUCUUGCCUCUGACCACAGUCCUCCACCGCCAGCCGCCUAUUGCCGCCGACCACGGUCCUCCGUCGCCCGACGCAGGCCGCCACCGAUCGCCGUGCUCCACCGCCCGACACCGGCCGUCCUCCAACCCCGGCAACCGCCACCGCUAUCCGCCGGCCGACCGCUGUGCUCCACCGCCCGACGCCGGCCGCCCUCCGCCCACAGUAAUUGCGCGGCUAGCCUGUUCUCCCCCGGCAAUUGCGCCGCCGCCGUGCUCCACCGCCAACGCCCGGCCCGCCUCCCGCCGCCGCCCAUCGUCAUCCGCGUGCCCGCCAACCGCCGUCAUCCAUAGCCUGUGGCCGUGCCGCCUCCCACCGCCAACCAUUGUCCUCCAUAACUCGUUAACGGAAUAG